CACGAUUGAAAAAUUAUCAUUAAUAUAUUCUAAAAAUCUUUUCAUAAUUUUAAAAAAAUGUGCAAAUUUUUAUGGAUCUUCGCUAUAAAUGUGGUCAUAUUUAGUAUUGUUAAAUCCAAGUCUAUAGAGUUCGAUUCUUGCGAGAAAACCUCUGGGCAAAGCAAUAUUGCAAAGUUUGAUAAGGUUGAUAUAAAAUGCGAAGGUAUUGAUGAUAAUGCAUGCAUCUUAUAUAGUGAUUCCACCACAAGUCUAGCUGUAACAUUCAAAACAAUUUCUGAUAUCCAAAAUUUAACUAUUAGUGCAUCUGCGGUUAAUUCUGAGUUUUUUAACGAGGCCACUUGUAAAGAGAAUUCUCAAUUAUGUGAUCUUAAAAAGGGUAGUAAAAAUGAAUGGAAGCAUCAAUGGGUUGUCCCGCCUCUUCCCCCGAUUGUGGUUCCGAUUGAAUUCACUUUUGCUGAUGGCGCCUCUCCCACAAAAAGAUCAUGUUUUAGCGUUAUGAUUUCUCUGCAGUCAAAAAUGAAGCGAAAGAACUUAUAAUUGAAUAUAUUAAUAAUUCCACUAAAAGUUGUAAUUAAAACAUUUUUUAUUAAAAAUUUCACCAAGAAAAAUAUGUUUUAUUAUAAUGUAAAAAUAUCUUUUUAAUGUAUUUUAUAAAAUAAAAUAUUAUCAUUGUUA